AUGACGGACCUGCAAAGUUCACAGCACCCCUUGAAAGUGCUGUCAUCAUCACUGGUCCUUGUGCUUCAUCAAACCGGCAAGAUACUCCGGGAUCCAAAUCAGCGGAAUCCUAGGCAGAGUGGCCUCACUCAAAAGCGCAUCAGUGAAUAUGUGCCCUGGGCCAAUCAGCAAUUCCAUGACGCGCUUGAUGAAAUCGAAGUUGAAAUUCUUCAAGCAAAAGCGGUCAUGGAGCGAGACCUCUCCCUACUCCGAAAGAAGCGCGUCGAGCGCGAACGUAUUGUAAAUGGUUUGAAGGCUCAGCCUUCACCUGAGGAGGCCACUGGGAUCCCUCAGCUCAGUGAGAUUGGACCUUCGGAGACUUCUCUUGCCAAAGAUAACACUCCGAAUCCGGGAGAGGGGAAGCGAGAAGACACCAUAAUGGUAGAUUCUGCACUAGAAGCAGGCCUCAUUGGACCAAACGAUGAGCCGCAAGCCGAAGGGCCACAGAACAAAGACAAUGAUAAGAACAUCACCAGUGAUCCAGGAAUGCCACAAGACGCUGAGAAUUCAAUGGGACUAGCAAUCACCAUGCCGCAGGACUCGACAGCCGAGACCGCCGAGCCACCGAAAAGCCCAGAGAUGAAAUUUAGCGGAGCAACUCCAGCAGCAGAAGCGCCGCUAGACUCGAGUGCUGCGGAUCUAGACUUCGAAUCGAUGUUUAACGACACAGACUUGACAGGCGGUGAUGAUACCAUGAAUUUUGGUCUUGAUUUCGCCUCGGAUGGGAAUCUGAAUCAAGACGUACUCAAUGACAGUGCAUUCGAGAAAUUUGAGAUGAGUAAUGCAGACAUGUCAAACCUAGGCGCCACCACAAGCGAGGAUAUCAACACCCUCCUGCCGGGUCUGGAGAACUAUGUCAACGCGGGGACCGAUUUCUCCAACAUCAACAUUCCAGUAGCAUCAACAUUGCCUGAGACCUCGCAAGUAGCACCCGUGGGUACCGUUGGUGCCCCAGCUCAAAUGUCCGCUCAGCCUGUUGUUGUUGACUCGAGCUUCGACGACAUCUUUGGAUCUGGGGACUAUUCUAUGGAUGGUACUGGAGAUGAUGGCAUGGGCGCUGGCACUUUGGGCGAUUUCGAGGACUUCGAUGAAGAUUGGUUCAAGACUGAUCAGACAUGA